AUGAAAAACUCCCCGUCAGCGGACAGGCCACCUAGCCUGGCCUCACGUCGGAACAACCUCCAUGAGAAACACCCCACUCACCUGCCCAUCCUCUUCAAGCCUCCUCAUCCUUACCAACCCCCCGACGAAUCGGACCACCCGGCUCCGCCACCUCCACUCUUCCAACGCAAAACCCGCCAGUGCGCGCCCCACCCCGCUCCUGCCCCCCACAACUCCACCGGGCCAUAA